UAUGAAGAAAUCGGAAUAGUAGUUCAUAAUGGCCAUGCAUUUCCAAGAAACCAGCACUUCCCAAGAGAUCAAAUGGUCGAAUAUUAUAAGGGUGAUACAUGGGAAGCUAUCAGUAAUGCCCUCAGGGAACCUCAAGCAAUCUGGCUUAUGGGAGUAGAGGAUAUGAGUCAAACAAUAUCCCAGUUUGUUCUAGAAGAUGGUCACACAUUUAGAACAUGGAAAAAACAUACAGAAAUUAUAGAAGCAUGUAAACAACUGGUCAAUGAUACAAUAGAUUGGCAAUAUCAGGAAGGAAUAAUCAAUAAGGAAAAGAAAUCAAUUCUUUUAGAGUCUUUAAAAGUUGUUGAUUUAGCAGAGCAGACACUGGAAUGCACUGAUUAUCAUGUCAAUGAUGUCAUAUAUAUCGAUAUGAAAGAAUGUUAUCUAGCAAGUAUGCGAGGUCAAGGAAAAUGUACACCAUGGUUCAAUAGGUUCAGACAUCCAACACACUACUUUGUUCGAGUUGUGGUAAAUGGAGAAUUGCCAGAGAAUGAUAUCACUGGAUUUGCGCAGAUAAGAUCUUUUAAAUUUGCAUCAAAUAUACAUUCAGUGAUUCCUGUCUGUGGAGAAGGAUGUGGGAAAGAAAAAGAAUGGGCACCUAUUGUACUUCUACGAUAUCUUUUUGAGGUUGGUAUUCUAGAAAGUGUGACUAUUGAAGAGGCAAUAAUUUCUCUUACUAAACAGACCAAAGUAUGGCUACCUAGAAAUCGAGAUAUUAGUUGUGCAAUUAUAAAUAAGUUUACACAAGGUGGCAAGAUUAAUAAAAAAUGCCUUACUUAUCAACUUGUAACAAAUGAAGAUAAGCUUGAUUUCUUGAUCAAAGAUUGUACUGAUGCUGGAACUUUUGCCAAAAGAGAAAAAUCAUAUGCGCAUAUUAAUUUGUUAGAGAUGCUUCGAAGAUUUGAUCCUAAUGAAGUACAAGUUGAGGUAAAGUCAGAUCCAAAUUUAUGUUCACACUAUCCUUCUUGUGCAAUGUGUACUGAUCCAGAAGAAUUAUUUAUUUCAAAAUCUGAAUAUGCAAAAUGGAUUAAAGAGUUUCUAAAAACAAAAAGGCCUCUAAUAAAAUAUGAUUGCAAAAGACAUAAACCAUUUGUUUCAGAUUUUGCUUUGGGAAAUAGUUUUAUAAACCAGACUCCUAUGCUCUUUCACAUCAACCAGAAGAACAAGAAAUCUGAGAAAUUCAACUCGGUCAAUGGCAUGACAAAGAAUAGACAUUGGGAAUUGAUCAAAAAUAUUCCUGAAAGUACAGCACCCUCGAUUCAUGAUCCUAUUACAAGAUGUCAGAAAUCAUAUCUUAAUGGAGGAGGUGGUUCAGGAAAAACAACAUGCGCAAUUCGAAUUUUCAAAAAUAUAAACAUAGUUAUAUUUACUCAUACAAAUGUAUUAGCUAAAGAUUUUCAAGAAAAACGUGAUGUAAAAGCUCAAACCUGGCAUAGUUUCUUCAGAUGGAAUGGAGUGGGGGAGUGGACAUCUGAACGCAUGGGAGAGAAAAAAUUUCUAUAA